AUUACAACUAGAUAAUCCAGUGAAAAUAUUGUCUCUUUAGAGGCUCCAUCGUCGGAUUCACUCUGUAUUAACACAUUUACCAGUUAUUCUUCAUAAACCAUCUCUGUUCUGUUCAAUAUUCAUGUCACGUAUUUUGUGUCAGUUGUCGUCCGUCUGAUGUGUUAUUUUCUCCUGCUUCAGAAGACUCCUGUGCUGUAUACAAACACUGUUUGGUAUAAACGGGAACUGCGAAACUUCACAAGAAAUCAAAUAUGAAGGAUACAGAAACCAUAAAUCAGGCCGCUUUUAGAGCCAUAGGAGAAGAAUAUGGUAAAAAGUUCACAGUAGAAAUGAAAAAUAAUAUAGCGGGAUGCGUUCAAAAGGAAACUGCUAGAAGACUGGUAGAGUAUAUGGAUUUACCUAUAACGCCUGAGGAAUGUCUGGAAACGUUUCUGUCUUUUACAAGGGAUAAGCUACCAGAUUGCGACUAUAUGCCAGGAGCUGAAAAAUUCAUAAGACAUCUAUCGGAAAACGGUGUCCCCAUUGCAAUAGCUACAUCAUCUGCCGAGGAAGAAGUUUCUUUGAAAACAUCUAAAAAGAUGGACUUGUUCGGACUGUUUAACCAUAUUGUCUGCGGCAGCAGUGAUCCAGAAGUGAAACGUGGAAAACCAGAGCCUGAUAUUUACCUUAUAUGUGCUUCAAGGUUUGCAGACAAGCCAAAACCUUGCAAAUGUCUGGUGUUUGAAGAUGCAUACAACGGUGUUCUAGCUGGACUAGCAGCUGGAAUGCAAACGAUCAUGAUACCAGAUGUUAACGUUCCCCAUGAAAUGUGGUCGAAAGCAACACUAAGAUUAGAUAGUUUCGAGCAUAUGGCCCCACAACUGUUUGGUCUUCCUCCAUAUCCAAGUGAAGGUGAAGGGUGCACGUCCAUCCCAGAAAUCGUGGUAGACGCUCCUGAUGAGAUAAUACUUGAAGGUGAAUUGGUGUUUAGAGACGACCUGUCCAGGUUGGAUAGACAAAGCAUUAUCGAAGAAAACAUGCAAGAUAGUUAAAUCAAUAAAUGAUUUGUAAUGCGAUCGUCAUUUUACUUGACAGAAAAUAGUCUUUGAUAGCGAUGCCAUCACCUAAAUUACCGACCACUGACAAAAUCCUCAAAAACUCCGACAGUUGGGUGAAAUAUAAAUUUAGCACCGGACACCCCAGAUUUUUUUUAUAAUGAAAAUAAAAACAUCGUUGUCACUUACUAA